AUGGACGCUCGGACUGACAUCCAGAGUGAAUAUGUUCCUACGGUCUUCGAUAACUAUACGGCCAAUGUCAUGGUCGAUGGCCGGCCUGUGAAUCUUGGCCUUUGGGAUACCGCUGGCCAAGAGGACUACGACCGCCUACGUCCCCUGUCGUACCCCCAGACGGAUGUGUUUCUCAUAUGCUUCUCCAUCGUAAGCCCCUCCAGCUUUGAAAAUGCCAAGACCAAGUGGUGGCCGGAGGUGUCGCACCACGCCCCCGAUACCCCCAUUAUUCUUGUGGGCACCAAGCUGGAUCUGCGGGAAGACCCUGAAAUGAACGCUCGGCUGCGCGACCGCCGCAUGGCGCCGAUUUCGUACUCCCAGGGGGUCCAAAUGGCGAAGGAGAUUCGCGCACUGCGGUACCUGGAAUGCUCUGCCCUCACACAAAAGGGCCUUAAAAGCGUGUUUGACGAAGCUAUUCGGGGCGUGCUCUCGCCCCAGCCGGUCAAGCGACGGAAAGCGAACAACUGUCUUGUAUUGUAA